UGUUCGACGACCGGCGCUUGCGCGCUACUUACCAGCGUCGCAUUUACAGCGGGAGCGCGAGUCGUGUUUGGAAAUCUCGCCUUAAGGUCGGUUUGCGCCCGCUAUGUUUUUACGAUUUGAGGAGUGGACACGAUGCGGGCGCCUACACUUAAGGACCUGCUUGACCGACUGGGAUAUGAACGAGGAGUUGAACCUGAGCACGACUACUGAUCAGUUCUGUACAGAUGAGAAGCUGAAUGAAGAGUAUCUGACAAGAUGGCACUUCUUCCGCUCUCCCAGGUACACCAGUUGUGGACUGGAGGAGGACGAGAUUAAACUGAGCGGUGACACAGAAGAGCCCCCAUUCAAGCCCAGCUUGUGGUUGAUGGUGGACCCCAAGCUGGCAUGUUCCAUUCAGUAUCCCAACAUGUCCUUGCCCAUGUCUGACGCACAAAGGUGUACAUUGCCCUACACAGAGUCACAACCUCUUUCUCCUCCUCUCACUCCUCUACCGACAACUCAGAUCCUGAAAGGACCUGAUUGGAUAUUGGAGGAGACCUUCAUCUCUGCAUCUUCCUGUACAGAGUGUAUGUUCACAGAGGGUGAUGAUGAUACUUCUGAUGCACAAAUUCGAGCAGUGAAAUCGAGAUGUACCCCAAAAGUAAAAACUAAAAGAAGAGGACCCAGAAUGAGUAAAUCCAGGAGGCUUCAUGAGCGUAUCCUGCUGGAGAAAGGCGGUUGGCUGCGUCCACCAGUUAAUUACUGCAUUCUGAUUGCCAUGGCACUGAAUUGCAGCAAAAAUGGCAGCCUGAACGUGCAGCAAAUAUAUAACUUCAUGCGAGAGCACUUUCCAUUUUUUCGGACAGCGCCAGAUGGCUGGAAGAACACCAUCCGUCAUAAUCUCUGUUUCAGCCACAGCUUUGCGAAGACACCCCAGCAGGUGUGCAACCAAGGCAAGCGCAAGUCGUGCCUGUGGAGGCUAACACUGGAUGGGCGCUUCCGUCUGCGCCAGGAGAUCCAUGCCCUUUCAGAUGGAUCUUUUGAGAUGCUACGGAGGAGUAUGACUGAUCCAGAUCUGGUCAACAAUUUAUUUCAACUUUGAAUUUGCAGAGCAGUAUCUUUAAUGUUCAAGAUGUUUUUCAAAAGUGUGCAAUGUUCUAUUUUUUAUUUACAUUUAAUUUAUUCAUAAAAUAUUUGGAAAAUGGAUGGAUAAAAUAUUUGAAUAAGGCUUUGUGCCAUACUAUUAAUUUAAUAAUGUUUUGAUUUAUUGAGGAGGGGAGUGAGGGUGGUUUCUUUUUCUAAGUCACCAGCUUGACUACUUGUUUGGCACUUGUGUAUGCACAUAAAUCAAAUGCUGAAGCUGGAAGUUCUUAUUCUGGCUCCCAUAUUUUAGGCUGUGUUUGGAUGGUCCAGUUAGAGUACCACUUCUUUGGCCAGUUAAUCUUAGUUUUGGAGUUCAGCUCUUUUGUGUUGACUUAGUCCAGAGCUUUACUGUCGUAUAUUUUCUUGUUAUGAAUGUAUUUGUUUUGUUUUUUUCCCCAAGUUUACUUUCCUGUUGAAAA